GCGGAUGCAGUUGGAGCUCAGAGCCUUUGUGCCGUCUGUGCACAGACUUCCGGAACUCCAGAGCUGAGGCUGUGGUCCUGUGUCUCUCAGACCUGCUGAAACUCAGCCGCGGGGGGGUGGGGGAGCCUCCCUUACCCCACCCGCCUCUGCCAGGGGAGGGUGCAGCCAGCCCCGAUCGCCAUGAGACAUGACACGGUUGGCUUUGUCAGGCAGGCCCAGCCGGGGCCUGCCGGCUCGGUGGUCGCUUCCCUAGUUCGGAUGUUCUUAAUCCCCAUGGAUCCACAGCCGUAGCCAUGGCGACGCGGGUCGAGGUCAGCUCCAUCACUUCCCUGACAGGGGUGCCAGGCCUCGGCGAGAUCUCCAAGGAGGAAACCCUGAAACGGACCUAUUUCUGCCAGGCCGGGGACACCCCCGGGGCACCCUCGACUCUGCUCUUGGAAGGAAAAAGCCCCCUUAGGAGCCCGGCCCGCUUACUCCCGCUGCCCAGACUUGCUCCCAAGCCCUUCUGCAAGGAGAAUGCCCCGGACGUGAAACCCCUUGUCGCAUCCUUGGGGCCUGGCCCAACUAGCCCAUCCCCUCCCUGUGGGCGCUCCCUGUGGGCGCUCCCAGGGCCUGGUGGCAGAGGACAUGAGCGAGAAGAUGCCCGGGCUGGUGGGACAGGAGGCGGGGAGCAGGGAGGGCCUGAGGAGAAGCUCGUCGGUGCUCAUCAAGGCCACCUUCCUGCGGCCCCGAUCCAACACCAUGAUUGUCUUUGAAACCACCAAAGCCGGCCCCACUCUGGGGAAGGGGAUCAGUGAGGGGGCUCGGGAGGCCACCGCGGGUGUGUCUCAGGAGCCCGCCUUGGGCUCCCGGCCCGAGGUGGGCACCAAGCCUGCCCUGCCUGCCCGAAAGCCUGGGACCCUUCCCCGACCGGCCUCCCUGUCGCAGGACAUCAGGCCAGCUGGCCCCCAAGAGGAGAAGGGCCCAAAUGAGACGCUGUCAAAGGCCAGGAGUAUGGAGGACACAGGGGACCCCACUCUGGAGCCCAAGCCUCGCCUGAGGAGAAGGCCUGUGUCGGCCAUUUUCAUCGACUCCGUCCAGCCUCAGAAGGCAGGCCCUGGCGAGGAGGCCACGGGGGGGAUGCGCCCCCCACCCGGCCUGAGAAGACAUGGGUGAGGAGGCCUCUGUCCAUGGACCUCACGGCCCCGUUUGAGAGCAAAGAGGCCUUGCUGAAGAAGGUGGCUGAUGAGGCCACUGCGGGUUCUGUGGCCCAGUGUCAGGCCCGGAGACGUCCGACCUGGAGCCCAAAGUGGACGCGGAGUGUUUGGUCAGAGCAAACCCUCGCCUUCGUGACCCAGACUCAGACUUCCUGGAGGUAGCCAAGAAGACCCGAGAACAGAAGGAGAAGGUGCUUUUCAAGCAGACGGAGCCGGCGGCCUCAGAACUGCUGGGGGCUCAGCCAGGAAUGACCAGCACCCUGGGGAAGAGAAAGCUAAGCUGCUCAGGGAGCCGGACAAGGCACCCCCGUCCCCUUUGCCUGGACCUGGAAAAGACCAAGAAUUUGCUGAGGUCAAGAGCAGAGCAGCUGACAGGGAAAGCCGGCUGGAGGGAGGAUGGACCCCCAGGGGCAGCGUCAGGAAGCGCGUCAGCCUGUUUGGGGAGGAGAGCACCUUGGCCUUGGCAGCAGAUUCCGAACCCCCACCAGCCACCCCUGAGCCCCCGUCAGCUGCCCCCGAGCCGGAGAAAGUGGGUGUGAGUGUCCAGGAGCGGAUCAAAGGCUGGGCUGCCGAGAGCUCAGAGGCAAAGCCAGAGAUCAGAAGGAAGACAUUCCAGGCACGGCCGUUGUCGGCAGAUCUGACCAAACUGUAAGUGGGAACGUUCCACGAGCUUCGCUCAGCCCUGAGCUGCCUCAGACCGCCUACCAGAGGCCCCUUGGGAAAGGGAACCGGGCGCCAGGCUCCACGCUAGGCACCUUACAUCCCCCCUCUCAAUUCACCCACAGCCCCAGAGAGGAGGUGGCCUUCGCUUCCAUUUCUCAGAUAAGGAGCCGAGAGGCAGAGAGGUAACGCAGCUCCCCCCUGGCCUCAGUGUGUCGGCAGCAACAUUUCUUUGUCC